GAGUCACAGUCAACACGCUGAUUGGACAACACUGUUCAUACAAACGUCCCAACAACAGUUGGAUUAACAUGAAUCCUACGCUGUCCUGUGGAUGAUAGGUUUCUGAAUGGCUUGUGGAACUUCUUACGGUUCACUUUUUGGUGGAAGAACUCCUGCUGUUGACGUCAGAGCAAGACCUGCGGAAACAAAAUGAAUUUUUCUGAGCUUUUUAAACAAUCAAAUCAGCUUUGCAAAGUGUCCCCAGAUGGAAAAUAUUUGGCUACCUGUGUACAGUACAGGCUAGUGGUGCGAGAUGUGAGCACGUUGCAAAUCCUGCAUCUCUACACCUGCUUGGAUCAAGUAUCCCACAUGGAAUGGUCCUCUGACUCUCUGUUUAUUCUCUGUGCGAUGUACAAGAGGGGGCUGAUACAGGUGUGGUCGCUGGAACAGCCGGACUGGCACUGUAAGAUAGAUGAGGGCUCUAUCGGACUAGUCUCCUCACGCUGGAGUCCGGACGGACGUCACAUUCUCAACACCACUGAGUUCCAUCUGAGGGUUACCGUCUGGUCCCUGUGCACUAAAGCGGUGUCUUACAUGAAGUAUCCCAAAGCGUGUCAGAAGGGUAUAGACUUCAGUAAAGAUGGAGGCUACAUGGCCUUGGCUGAACGCCGUGACUGCAAAGACUACGUUAGUAUAUUUGUGUGCGAAGACUGGCAUUUACUCAGGAAUUUUGAGACUGAAACUCAGGACCUGUCGGGGUUGGAGUGGUCUCCCAACGGCUGUGUGCUGGCAGUGUGGGACAGCUGUCUAGAGUAUAAAGUGUUGCUGUACUCUCUGGACGGCCGCUUGUUGUCGACCUACAGUGCCUAUGAGUGGUCCUUGGGUGUAAAGUGUGUGUCCUGGAGCCCCAGCAGCCAGUUCCUGGCCAUCGGCAGCUAUGAUGAGAAAGUGCGCAUUCUCAAUCACAUCACAUGGGGUAAAAUAGCUCAGUUUGAGCACCCUGCAAGCAUCGACAACACUAAAGCUACCGUGUAUAAGGAGGUGGAACGGCGGCCAGCUGUGCCCAGUGAUGAACUGUUGCAGCACAACAUCAAAGAAGGUAACUUUGUUUUGUCUGUUCCUGAACUUCCUCAUCCAGAUGAGAUUUGUGCACCGCCUAUCCAGAUUCCCGUGGUUAAGCCAGACCCAGAUCGAGCCAAUCCCAAGAUAGGGGUCUCCGUUUUGGCUUUCAGCUCAGACAGUCGCUAUCUCGCUUCCAGAAAUGACAACAUGGCCACAGCUGUGUGGGUGUGGGACAUGCAGAAGAUGAGCCUGGAGGCCGUGCUGGAGCAGACAGCAGCUGUACGCUGCUUUCAGUGGGACCCCCGACACCCCCGGUUGGCUCUGUGCACUGGAAACAGCAAACUCUACCUCUGGUCCCCGAGAGGCUGCGUUUCAGUUCAAGUCCCUGCUGAAGGUGGUUUCCAGGUCCAGUCCCUGAGCUGGCACUGCAGUGGAGACUUUCUGAUCCUGCUGGGAAAGGACCAGUUGUGUUUGUGCUACAUGGACGCUGAGCAGGAAGAAAAGUAAAAAAGCACGACAGAUAUCCAAAGAUUCCAACCGUAGUUGCAUUUAUCAAGUGUGUACUUAGCUGUAGACCAAUAUAAACACUGCUGGAAACGUGUAGCUGCUUUAACGUAGCUACGUUCUGUCUCUGAGACCUCCAGAGCGAGCUUUAAGGUGUGUUUUCUCACAAUGUGGAAAAGUUGCGUCUAACAUUCCUAAGUACCGGUAUGUUUAAUAACUGAAGCACCAGUUGCAGGCACUGUGAAAAUGUUUAGUUUCUUAUAGAUGCCAUUGUAUUUUUAUUUAAAUGUUAUGAUCAAUAAACUUGUUUUCUACAACGCUCCUUAAA